AUGAGGGCACAACUCAGGGACUCUCCCUUUGAGUCUGCCCGUGUGUCUAUCCACAAGUACUGUACUCUUUUUCCUCCUAAUACAUACUUCGUUUGCUUCACUACUUUCUUUGUGGAAAUUCCUUUCUGCAAAGCCUCAGGGCCAGAGCCCUUGUCACUGACCACUGAUCUAAUGGCCAGGUUAGGUGCUUUCAUUGCUGCAACCCAGCUUCGAUCUCUGGCCGGGAACCCAGGCCCUGCUUCAAGCCAUUGCAGGCCGAGGCCACCCAAAAGCAAUUACAAGUCAGAUGGUACAGAUAACCAGUUUUAA